AUGACACCGCAACCGCCGAUGGGCGACCUUCCGAGAGGCCGAGUCACGCUAGCGCGCGGAUUUCUCCGGACCGGCCUGGACUACGCCGGCUCGAUCCUCCUCCGCACGAGCAAGGGCCGCGGACAUCGAGCGUACAAGGCCUUCAUCGCUCUUUCCGUCGCUUUAUUUCGAGGCCUCUGCGAGGAGCUGUACUCAGAUUGCGGCACUAAUUUCGUGGGAGCCGACCGAGUCCUGAAAGAGUUCUUUCGAGCUUCGUCUGCCGACGGCCGUCGCCUUGCUCACGCCGCCGCCACGGAGGGCAUAAAAUGGCACUUUAACCCUUCGGCUGCGCCGCACUUCGGAGGACUGUGGGAGGCCGCCGUGAAGUCGACCAAAUUUCAUCUCCGUUGGGUCAUUGGGGAGACCACGCUCACCUUCGAGGAGAUGAGCACUCUCCUCUCUCAGGUCGAAGCCUGCCUUAAUUCCAGGCCGCUGCAGACUUUGUCCGACGAUCCGGACGACAUAUCCGCUCUCACACCGGGCCACUUCUUGAUCGGUGCUCCUCUUCUGGCCGUGCCCGAAUCCGCCUUGAAUGACGCCGCUGAGAGCUCACUUUCCCGGUGGCAACACCUCCAAAAAAUGCGCGAUCACUUUUGGUCACGGUGGUCGCACGAGUAUAUUAACGGGAUGACAACUCGCUCAAAGUGGCUCAAACCCGAGGACGCACCUGCCGUCGGAUCUCUGUGCUUGGUGCGAUCCGAAAGCACGCCACCGAGUCGAUGGCCACCGGCCCGCAUUAUUCGAGUGCAUCCCGGAGACGACGGUAUUGUGCGCGUGGCCACAAUCCGCACCGCUACGUCCGAGCUGGUUCGACCACUGUGCAAGCUCGUGCUUCUCCCGGGGGCUGAGGACCAGCCGCCGCCGACGGAUGCGUGA